AUGCGAGGAUUAGAUCAUAUGAAAAGGGCCUUACUGAGACCGAAUAUCCUUGAAUCAUGCUUGUCUUCGGCCAUGAUUCCAAUCUCACAGCAUCGGUACCCAAGAAAUGAAGUAUCCAUGCAUACUGAUUCGAUGAAACAGAACCCUUCGAAGCACAUCUUCUUUGGAAAUGUAUCACUUAAUAGGUUUUCAUUCCUAAGAUCAAACAGUGAAUUCAUUGGCCUUGCUGUUAGGUCUUCUUACACUAGAUUGAUAUUCUUGAACAAUCAUCAACCAUUGUGCUUCUAUGAGCGUGAAAACAGUUUUCCAUCGUUAAAGUUAUUAAAAGUGUCUAUGCUGGAAGUGUCUAAUGGUUUGCGAGACUAUUUGUAUCGGUGGACAGAAUCAAACAAAAGGCAGGACGAAUCACUAUGGGAUUUCCCGGCAAUUACAUUUCUUGGUAUGGACAAAAAGAUCGGGGGACUUGAAUUCAACAGUAACAUAAUAGAUAAUACCAACACAAACCAAAACUUCGACAGCAUUGAAAAUUCCAAAGUGAAUGAUGGGUUAUUCCACUACCAGUCUUAUUCCGGGGUUCCAUGCUUUGCUAUAGACAUCUCCAAUAAUCAAUUUCUACAAGAUGAGAUUGUCAAAAUAAUCGACGACAAAACGGGACAUCCUGUUAACAAUGAAAACCUCAUGAAUAAAGCAGACUUGCUAAAUCUCGAUACUGUGAAUGGGCCAACUACUUCAACCUUCAUUGAUCAUUUGAUGUAUCUUCCCAACAGCGAGGCUUCAGUGUUUUCACAAAGUGCAAUGUACAUCGACUGGCUUACAAAAAACAAGUAUUGUUCUGGAUGUGGCUCUAAAAAUUUAAUUGUCAACGGAGGCACCCAAUUAAAAUGCUCAUCUCAUCUUCCAGAAACACCAAUUGAUUCCAAGACUUGUGUGGUGGCAUCCAGCUCAAGGUGCAAUGUCGCGCAUCCUCGGACUGAUGUUGCGGUGAUUUCAUCGGUAACUGAUACUAAUGGGUCCAAGAUUUUAUUGGUGAACAACAAAAGAUAUCCCGUGGGAAACAUGUAUAGUUGUGUUGCAGGAUUCCUCGAGCCUUCAGAGACCAUUGAAGCGUGUGUCACUCGCGAAAUUUGGGAAGAAACAAACGUAGUAAUUGAGAACCAUAAUCCAGGAGAUAUUAAAAUCUUGUUGAGUCAACCUUGGCCGUACCCUGCCACCUUAAUGAUUGGAUGCUGUGGAAUUACAAAUUUCAAUGAGAAGAACGAAGUCAUAGGAUUGGAGCAUGACAAUGAAUUGAAUGAUGCAAAAUGGUUUGAUAUUGACUAUAUAAAAGAAGUAAUCAUGGAAAAUGAGAGAAUUGAUAAUUUAUUGAUCGAGGCGUUGAAGCUAGGCAAAAAGAAGGAUAUUGAGCUUCUACGAGGUGAAAAGGCUAAUAUUUUGAAGAAAGAAGUUGUCCUUCCAAACAAGAAUACCAUUGCUUUGGAGUUGAUCAAGAGAAUCGUGCUCUAG